UCCUCAUUUAGCUCCAGGCCUGCUCCCCUCCUCUCUCCCCUCUGAUUAAGGAUUAGGAAGCAGGAAGGCUGGACUAGAGGACCACAGGAUUGGGAUUGGGAUUGCAGGGCUUGGGCAGGACUGGAUUAUUGCUGUGCUCUUGGAAACAUCAAACUGGACUGAAGGAAAGUGGUGACUAAGUCAGACUUGUGUAGCUGGAGCUAUAAAAAAUAACUGGAGUAAGACUCAGACUGUUAAAUACUAAAGAAGUGUUUUUUUUGGGCUGCACUACUGGGACCAUCGAGACAGGUGGUGAAGUCAGUGAGCACACAGCUGAUUUCUUUCUCUGUGCCUGAUGACCUCAGUCCAGAGGAGAGACAGGAGCUGGAGAGCAUCCGCCGCAGAAAACAAGAACUGCUGCAUGACAUACAAAGGCUGAAGGAUGAGAUAGCAGAGGUGACCAAUGAGAUUGAAAACCUGGGGCUGACUGAAGAGAGGAAAAGCAUGCAGAGGAAUAAACAGAUGGCCAUGGGCCGAAAGAAGUUCAACAUGGACCCAAAGAAGGGGAUUCGCUUCUUGAUCGACAGUUCCCUCCUGAAAAACACCAGCGACGACAUCGCCAAGUUUCUCUACAAGGGCGAGGGGCUCAAUAAGACGGCUAUCGGCGACUACCUCGGGGAGAGAGAUGACUUCAACAUCGAGGUUCUGCACGCCUUCCUGGACUUACAUGAGUUCACGGACUUGAACCUGGUUCAGGCUCUCCGGCAGUUCCUGUGGAGUUUCAGGCUGCCCGGUGAGGCUCAGAAGAUCGACCGCAUGAUGGAGGCGUUCGCCCAGAGAUACUGUCGCUGUAACCCCGGAGUGUUUCAGAGCACAGAUACCUGUUAUGUGUUGUCAUUCGCUGUGAUCAUGUUGAACACCAGUCUACACAACCCAAACGUGAAGGACAAACCAACCGUUCAGAGAUUCACUGCAAUGAACAGAGGCAUCAACGAUGGAGGAGAUCUGCCGGAGGAGCUACUCAGGAACCUGUACGACAGCAUCAAGAACGAACCCUUCAAGAUCCCAGAGGAUGAUGGGAACGACCUCACACACACCUUCUUCAACCCCGACAGAGAAGGAUGGCUGCUAAAACUCGGAGGUGGACGCGUUAAGACCUGGAAGAGACGCUGGUUUAUUCUCACAGAUAACUGCCUCUACUACUUUGAAUACACAACUGAUAAAGAACCCAGAGGAAUUAUUCCACUGGAAAAUCUGAGCAUCAGAGAAGUUGAUGACUCCAAGAAACCGAACUGCUUUGAGCUCUUCAUCCCGGACCACAAAGAUCAGGUGAUCAAGGCCUGCAAGACGGAGGCAGACGGCCGUGUCGUCGAGGGGAACCACACUUUUUACAGGAUCUCAGCCCCGACCGCAGAGGAGAAGGACGAAUGGAUCAACAGCAUCAAAGCUGCCAUCAGUAAAGACCCGUUCUAUGAGAUGCUGGCUGCUCGGAAGAAGAAGGUGUCGACUCUGAAGGGGCUGUAGACGAUUGAACCUUGAGACAGGCUUUGACUAAAUAUGGACCUGAUACUCCUGCUGCUGCAGUGACACUUGGACCCGCCUCAGAGGAUUCAGCAUUUAAAGAAGCUCUUCACUAACGUUGAAAGCUUCAUUUCCCAUUUUCCUCCUUUUGAACACUGCACUCCUGCGGCACUGUGUCGAUGCCGUGCCCUCUGGUUCGGACUCCCACUUCUUCUGAAAAUCUGCUGUUGAAAUGUUUCUGAUUCGGUGACUCAGUGUUUGGUCUGCUGUGGUACAACGAGUUACAGCUGGUGAAUGAAUCACAUCAUACAUUCAUGUGAUUCACAUCGAUUUCAGGAGAGCCUAAAAAAACACUUAAAGGACUAGUGUGUAGGAUUUAGAGCAUACUGCUGGGUGAACUGAAUACCCCUCACCUCACUCUCCCUUUCAAAGUGUGCAGGAGAACCUGUGACUGAAAAAAAAAAAGGUCCUAUCUAGAGCCAGUGUUUGGUUUGUCCAUGGAAGAAGAACCACAGCGUCUGUUGAUAUAAAAGGCUCAAACAUAACAAUUCUCAUUUUCAGGUGAUUAAACACUAAUAAAACAUCAUUAUAUUCCAUAUUCUGCCAAUAGAUGUCUCUAAAUCUUACACUCUGGACCUUUUAAAGGUUUACAGCUGAUCUCUAGUUCGAUCGGUUGAGGUCUGUCUCUACUAAAACACUUCAGGAAGAGCAAAUUGAGUUGCAGGACUUUUUUCUGGGAUGAUGGACUUCAUUUGUUUAGAUUUUCCCUAAAAUUGCUUUUUUUGUUGUUUUUCUAAGCCUGUUUUCUUACUGCUGUUGGUGUUUCGUCAAAGCACUGUCAAUGAAAAUGAAGGUAAUGCAUAAAUAGCUAAAUAUUUAUUUAUCCAGAUUUGUUGUAAUUUAUUGUUUUAAAGUUUGUCUCAUUAAAAGUUUGCAAACCGGUA